CUGUAUAAAAGCAGCCACUUGUUGAGCGACACGCAUUCCGCCGAUUCGCUUCCGCCGCGGAUAUAUCUCGCUCGAAGGACGAAAAGGGAGACGCGAAUAUCCGGUAGGUGAUCAGGACGAUACAUCCUAUAUCGUGCGGCUUUAAGUCACAUUCCUAGCUGAAUUCGUCACAACCUGAGUGAUCGACGUGGGACUUUCAAUCCGGUAAAAUGAAUCUGGAGGAAUACCGUAAACAUGGCAAGGAAAUGGUGGAUUACAUCGCCGAUUAUCUGGGAAACAUUCGGUCUCGUCGCGUGUAUCCAGCGGUCUCGCCGGGAUAUUUGAGGAAUGUCCUACCGGCAGCGGCCCCAGUGGACGGCGAAUCCUGGGAGAAUAUAUUCGCAGACAUCGAGAGAUGCAUCAUGCCAGGUGUAACGCAUUGGCAGAGUCCGUACAUGCAUGCCUACUUUCCGGCCCUGAAUUCGCCUGCCAGUCUACUGGGCGACAUGCUGGCCGACGCCAUAAACUGUCUGGGUUUCACAUGGGCUUCCAGUCCAGCGUGCACCGAGUUGGAAACAAUCGUCAUGAAUUGGCUGGGGAAAAUGAUCGGUUUGCCUGAGGAUUUUCUGCAUCGACCGGGAGGUUCUGGCGGUGGAGUCAUUCAAACGACGGCAUCGGAAGCCACACUGGUGUGUUUGCUCGCAGCCAGGACUCGAGCUAUCAGAGACGUGCAGGAGAAUGAUCCUGAUCGUUUGGCAACGGAGAUCAAUUCGCGGCUGGUCGGUUACUGCUCAGAUCAGGCACAUUCAAGUGUGGAAAAAGCUGGCCUUAUAGGACUAGUACGAAUGCGAUAUAUCGAAUCCGACAAUGAAUUAAGCAUGAGAGGCGAUGCUUUACUCGAAGCAUUAACACGCGACCGAGCCGAAGGCCUGCUUCCUUUCUUCGUAUGCGCAACCUUGGGCACUACUGGUGCAUGUACUUUCGAUAAUCUGAAAGAAAUUGGACCGAUAUGUCAGAAAAAUGGUUUAUGGUUGCACGUCGACGCGGCCUAUGCAGGUAGCGCUUUCGUGUGUCCCGAAUUUCGCGGUUGGCUUCAAGGAAUAGAGCUCACCGAUUCCAUCGCCUUUAAUCCCAGCAAGUGGCUCAUGGUUCAUUUCGAUUGCACAGCCAUGUGGGUGAAGAACAGCCAAGCGCUGCACAGAACUUUUAAUGUGGAUCCACUGUAUCUGAAGCAUGAAAAUUCAGGACUUGCGAUUGAUUAUAUGCACUGGCAAAUUCCUUUAUCCAAAAGAUUUAGGGCGCUAAAACUAUGGUUCGUUAUCAGGAAUUACGGGAUUACUGGCUUGCAGAAACACAUACGAGAGGGCGUGAGACUGGCACAAAAAUUUGAAGCUUUAGUUUUGGCCGACGCUCGUUUCGAAAUUCCUGCUGCACGGCAUCUCGGCAUGGUCGUCCUUCGUCUUCGUGGUGAGAACACCUUAACGGAGCGUCUAUUGAAGAAACUUAAUUCGCGGGGUCGAUUGCACUGCGUGCCAGCCGCAUUGCACGGAAAAUAUGUCAUCAGAUUUACAGUUACCUCGACACACACGACGAAUGAAGAUAUUGUAAGGGAUUGGGCGGAAAUACGAAAUACAGCGAAUGAGAUUUUGAGUGAUAGUUCCGGAUCACCUACUAUACGAGCUAAAGUUCCUCUUGCAGCUACACGGCAGAAGAAUGAAAAUUUCGGAUCAAGUUUGCUACUGGCCAAUUCUCCAAUGUCACCAAAAAUUGUGAACGGUAGCUUUGCCGCCAUAUACGACACAGCUGACGUAUUUGAAGAAUGCAUGAAAACUUUCGGGAAAAUCCAUCUUGAACCGAGAGAUAGUCCAGCUAUGCGACGUCGCAUCCGUGGAAUACUGAUGUCGGGCAAACAAUUUUCCUUGGAUUCUCGUAUGGAUCUUGUUCAAGGGUACGUUUGCAGCCGUCCACUUUCGGAGCCUUCCGAAUUGCCAUUAAUGAAGGAGGAUGAAGAUUACGCCGGGAUGAGCGAAUCAAUGUCCGACAUCGAUAAAACGGACGAACCUGCUGACGACAAAUCACUUGUCCAUAAAAAUUCCGGUGGCUCCGAAACGAUCAAGAGAAAAGGAUCACUCCCGAAGACCGGUUCAAGUUACGCAGUAGUAAACGGCUCCAUCGUCAAUCUCGACGUUGAAGGCACCAGCGAUAAUACGGUAACCAUUGCCUCGGCGGACGUAGGUUUUCCCAGAAGCGAGACCAUAGCUGCUAUUGGUCAUCGGUCCUGUACCGGCGAUCUCGAACUUGUUCGAGUUUUAAGGGAAAAAUCGGUGACGGGAACGGAAAGCGAGGAGAACGAUGACAAAGGAGAGCUCUGCAGAAAGUGUGGUCACUACAGUAAACUCCAGUAAUUAGUCCAGAUGUAUUACAUAUUCUUCAUACGUUGACGAUUGUACUCUCUUGCAGUCGAGACCAUCCUUGCGCGUUCACGAUCUUUGACAAUUCCGAGUUCUUUUUGCCUGAAAUUUUGGGAGAUUUUGUUAGAAUAAAAAAUAACAUUAUAUUUCGAUAUUCUUUUCGAUAUCCUUAAGAUUUUAAGACGUGCUCUAGAAAUUCUUUGAAUAACACGCGACAUAUUUUUGAAUAAGAAAGAAAGUUAGUAAUUACUUUAGAGAUAUAAUUAAACAUAUUAUAUUUAAUAAAAUAAUAACGCGUUUAUGGAAGAUAAGGUAUUAAUGUUAAAUGAAUGUCCUAAAAAAACAUAUUGCCAAUUGAGUUAACAAUUUCUUCACUUUCGACGUUAUGUUUUCGUUAUUUGUAUUGUAUUAGAAGGACUAUGGUGAUCGUGUCAAAAUAAAAGCAUAGAGUGCAAUAUUUGUAACAAACGUAUGAAAUCAAAUAGAUGCACAACAUGACAAAAUAUUUGAUGGUGUAUUAAUUGUCAUCUCCGCAUCCACUUUUAAAAUCUACGAAAUAUAUUAAGAAUACUUGUAAAUAUUACUGUUAUUCCUAUAUAAGUAUACAGAAUUUCCGCACGAGAAUACUUUUAUACUGGCAAGCAUAUGUUUUACGCAAUAGACUCACAAAAUAUUUUCGUAACAUUUAUUUAUUAUUUUUACAUAUACAAAUCAGAAAAUUUCAUUUUAUCGUUUCCCCUUUAUAACUUUUAUUUAUCGUGCUUCAACUUGAAUUAUUCUUUAUUAAUAUUUGACAAAAGUAUGACAAUAGUGAAGUAUUUGAAAUAAUAAAUAUACGUUUCAUUUAUAUCUGUUAGUUCUUUAGCAAUAAAUAGCAAAUUUCGUAAAAUCCUCAAAUACAUUUAUACGUGAUCCUAUGUAAAAUAGAUGACAUGAAUAUAUCAUGGAUUUGACGCAGU